UGUAAUUUUGCUUCUGAGCAACAAAUCGAAAAAAUACAUGGGGUAUAACUCAAGGGCCAUCUCUUGGCCACUACUAUUUCUAUUAUACAUAAAUGUGCUUCAAAUAAGAUAUGUGGGUGCCAGUCCAGGAUUAUCUCUUGUUCCAAAAGAGAAUGGCAUCGAACUAAAACUAUCCAAGGAUAACACGGAAAAAUUAGUAGGCACCAUUGGGCUAGGUUACGAUUUUACUUCCUCCAAAUGCAUUGGCAGGGCCAACUGUACCAUCGGCCACAUUGUUUUAGAUGUGACGUCAAUAGAAGAUGGCUUCGAAAUCACAUGGACGUCCGAUUCACUCAAAUAUACAUUCAAGGAUUGCUUCGACUUGAAAAAGGCAGAACUAAAUUGGUACGGAGGUCCUCAAAAAUGGAGUCAACCGUGGCCUAUUGAGAAGUUAACCAUCAGCGGAGACCAGCCGUACGUUAUUAAGACUAACAGCUUUGCAGUGGCCGAAAGGUACUGGCUGAAUUCCUUGGGUGCGUAUAUUUUCUUAGACGACAAAGUACCGCUCUUUGUAGAUCAGAAUAACGACGAAGACGGAAAAGUGUGUUUCUCGGCUAUUUCGUACGGACCAUAUAUUAAUAGGACAAGGACGAUUUUAAAAUACGCUAUAGUUGCGCUUGACGAUCCAAAAGACGCUCAUCUCCAUGCCGUUACUAAUUACUUGGGAAAACCCGAAGGAUAUCCGGACGAGAGAAUGGUUAGAGAGCCAAUAUGGACGACUUGGGCUAAAUACAAGAAGGGCAUUAGUGACAAAGUUGUACUUGAGUUUGCCCAAAAUAUAUUGGACCAUGGAUUCGAUGGGGGUCAACUAGAAAUUGAUGAUAACUGGGAGAGAUGUUACGGUGCCCAAGAAUUUAAAAGUACCGAAUUUGCGGACAUCGUAAACACAGUUAGCAAGUUGAAGCAGAUGAACUUCAGAGUUUCCCUGUGGGUUCAUCCUUUCGUUAACAGUUACUGCGAAAGUGUAUCAUCCUAUGGAAUUGAAAAGGAUUUCUUCGUGAAGAAUAUCACUGGACACUCAAUAGGUUCCUGGUGGGACGGCACUUCAGCACGUCAGAUCGAUUUUACGAAUCCGCACGCAGCCAGAUGGUACGCCGCUAGGCUCAACAAACUUAGAAAUAUUCCAGGAAUAGAUAGUUUCAAAUUUGAUGCUGGAGAAAUCGAUUAUUCGGCACAGCCGGCUACCUAUCCAAAUGUUGACCAAGAACUGAUACCAAAUAUCCUUACUGGAAGCUAUUUAAGACAUUGUGCUAAAUUCGGGAGGCUCAUUGAGGUUAGAACUGCUUGGAGGACCCAGGACUUACCAAUGUUUACCAGGAUGCUUGACAAGGAUUCUGUUUGGAACAUAAAUAACGGUCUACACUCACUUAUCACAACUUUACUGCAAAUGAACAUGAAUGGUUAUCCAUUUGUCCUACCGGAUAUGAUUGGAGGCAAUGGCUACAGCACUACGCCGUCCGUAGAACUGAUCGUCCGAUGGACUCAGGCCAAUGCCUUCAUGCCAUCUAUGCAGUUCAGUUUUCUGCCCUGGGACAUCGGUACUAGCGAGACGAAUUCAGCAACCGUAGUAAAAAAAUUCGUGGACCUACACAAAAAUUAUUCCUCGCAAAUCAUAGAAGCUAUGCAGGCCAGUGUAAAGAAUGGAAGUCCUGUAAAUCCUCCCAUAUGGUGGAUUGACCCCACAGAUACCAUAGCGUUAGCUACAGAUGAUGAAUUCCUUCUUGGUGAGAAUAUACUUGUGACACCCGUGAUAACAGAAGGAGGAAUAUCAAGAAAAGUGUAUCUGCCAAAAGGUACAUGGAAAGAUGGCAACAGCGACGCGACGUACGAAGGACCGACCACUAUUGAAGACUAUUCUGCUCCACUUGAUACUUUGCCGUAUUUUAUAAAGCAAUGAUGAAUCUAAUUAGAAUUGUAUUGUUCUGACUUUAGUAUAAAUUAAAUCUUACAGAGAAAUUUAA